AUGUCUUUAGAAAACAUUGAGAUCAGUUUUGGAUUGGACACCCUCAGAAACGUGGAUAUUCACAGCUCCAUAGUUUUCUCUCCGAUUACGAUUUUGCUAUCGCUGGUGGCUCUGCAAAAUGCAACUCUGAAUAAGGAGGUAUUUCGUGGAGUUGAAAGUGAUAACAUCGAGGAACAUUUCAAAAAAUGGCAGUACUUGAAGGAUGGAAUGAAAACGAAGCAAAUGGAGAUCAAAGUAGAAGCUGUAAGUGAUACAUUUUUAUGAAUUAGUGAAAUACGUCAUUCAGAAUAAUUCGUCCAGUUCCAUAACUUUCAAGGCCGAUUGGAUGUACUUGUUUCGAGAUGACGCAUUGAUGGAUUUUCACUCCAAAGAAGGGCAUUCCGAAAGCGUCCGUUCCCUGCCAAAAGAAGGUAUCGAUGAAUACAAAUUCACUCGAGACGAUGUGUUCAAGGUGGGUUUCCUGGAUCUCAUUGUCUUUUGAUGAGUUUACCGCCCAGGUAUUGGCCAUUCCAUACGCGCAAGACCCCUACUGGUUUCUGAUCUUUCUUCCUCUCAAUCGAUUUGGUCUCGAACAAGCUCUCCAGAAGCUGGACACUACGCGAUUUGAAAGUCUCAUUGACGACUUGAACGUUGACUACGUGGACCUGAAAAUGCCCAAAUUUAUCGUUAAAUCGAGCAUGGAGCUCGGGAAGCAGUUGUCCGUGCCGUGGUCUCUCUCCCAUGAAUCUCGAUUGCAGGUAAAUUACCUUUUGCAUCAACUUUCACAGUGAAACUCAAGCUAUUUCAGGUAGAUGAUUGGGGAACGUAUCCGGCCAAAACGGCUCGAAGGUGGCCUUCUUUCCUGGAAAGACCUGACAACAGAUUUCCCGUCGUUUUCAAUGCCGAUCAGCCGUUCGUUUUCGCCGUCGUCAAAGACAAGUAUCCACUCUUCCUGGGCGUUUACAGUGGCACAAACCCUUGA